AUGAACGACACCCAGGAGUUAUUUCCAGAGACUACUUCUUUCCAGGAAACCCAACCGGAAAGAAGUUUGGAAGGCUUCUUACAACAUGUUAAUGGGUUGGGAAACCCCCCUCUUUUGACCACCAGCAGUAUGGUCACAUUACUAUCGCUAUCAGAGAAAGAGGAACAUCUUACAAGAGCUCAGGUUGCAUUGAACCGCUGGCUUGAGUACGACACAAUGUACGAGGCACCAUGCUGCAACAAUCAUGACGCAGAAUUUGCCAGAUUGCUCUUAUCACAAAGAUCUGGCCCCGACCCUGCCCCUCCCGAGAGACAAUACGGCUUUGAUCCAUAUUUCGAGGAAAAUCACAAAGACUACUGCAAUCGCCCGGAGAUCAAGAUGGGUAUUCUGGAUCAAACAUCUUAUACGAGUAUGGAAAGUGAAUGGGAUUUUUCUAUAAACUCGAUUAGAUCCUUAGAAUGCUGUGUUGAAGCCUCGAAGGAUUCUAUCGUUCCAAUCAUGAUUGCUUUAAAGGUAGUACAGAAAUUAGUACACAAAUCAAAGGAAGAGUGUGCAAUCCAAUCGAAGCGAACCUCACACGAUUACAAAUUGGCAGAUGAAAUGUUGCAAUCAGCCACUCUUUCUACCCAGCGCCGGUCAGCCUUGCGAACUAAUAUAAGGCGACAACAUAAAAUCGAAAGCACGAGGAUUUCAAUGGACAAUGCGAAUAGUCAGAUUAAUAGAGCUUCUUCGAUGCUCCAGAACAUGCAAAACAGAACGAAAUACUUGGGCGAUACAUUAUCGACGAUCAAUAAUACUAAGUCGAGGGAGCUAGGGAGAUUAAUGUUAUUUGUCAAACGUGUGAAGUUUGCAAAAGAACGCCUCGUUCUCAAAAAGAGACACCGAGAAGCUUACCUUCCUGCAGAGACCUGGUAUAAUAUUCUAGAGAGAGUCAUACCGAAUGGAUACAACACAAACGUCAAUGGGAAACCAAAACGUUCUCUCGAGAGAUGGAUGAUAUCGAAAACAUUGUUCCAAACGGCAGUUCUCGUCUACUAUAAGAAGACCAUGUUCUGGUGCACUCCUGACAUAUUCAUGAAGUUUUCUGCUUUCCAAAACAUCAGAAAUAUUACCAUAAACCUGUGGUCAUCUCAAUGGAAUACACAUGCCAUUGGUUCGAAGUGCGUCUGCCAUUUGCCAAGAACGAUAGCAGCAGUUGAAACAUACGACUUGCAACAGCGAUUGAAGGAGUGUACUUCAUUAUUGAGACUGCGAUUCAUAAUCGGCCCUUGUGGAAGAAUUGAAGGUUCUACUACAGUGAGAUGUAUCUCUUUAUCUAACGCUGCUCUCCUCGAUCUUCAAAGAUGGGGUGGUCCAUGCGGUUGUUGUAUCUUCAGCAAAAAAUCCAACAAAUGCUCUUCGCAUAUUUCGGUCGUGGUUGACGGGGUUAUUUAA